AUUGCUGCCAAUAUUCCAAGUCUCUGUCCUGUCAAACCGAGCAGCAAUGGAUCAAUAGAUCAAGUUGAUGUCCUGCAGUGCUGUUGCGUCCGUGUAGGAUGAGAGCAGUCGGACUUUUUAUUUAUAUACUUAAUUUACGUACGUGAGGGUGAAAAGUGAUAUUGCACAUUUCGAAAUGCUCACAUUGACUCCCUUACUGCCCAGUCUACCUGGAGUGCAUCCUCCAAGGUGUUGUCUGUCACCAGUAUUUUACCAAAGAGGAGCAUGCCAAAGGAGGAGGGGUCCCAAUGUAGCUUGUCAGGGAGCGAGCUCCAGCAGUGACGGUAAUGCACCAGGAAAUGAUGCAUCGGCACAGAGCAAUGCCAGUGAUGGAAAUCCAUCCUCUCAGCGCCCUGCUCCCUGGACCAUCAUUUUUGACAUCAGGGAACGUGAAACAAUCUGGACCGAUGAAAACAAGGCUCGCUUGGUGCAAAUGUUCGCUGCGAAAGAGCUGGGCAUGGAUAAGGACAUGCUGUCAUAUCGCCUCCGCCAGCUGACGCUGCUUCUGCCGGAUUUGAGUGGCAGGGUAGCAUCAAUGAAGCCGGCCCUGCUGGCAGACAUCCUGCGAGACCCUGUGGCAGUGGCCGAGCGCUGCGUGGGUCUCAGGGACGGCCUGCCCUUUGCAAAUGUGUCCAGACUCAUUGCAGGCGACCCAGCGCUCUUGCUAGAGGAGGUGGAGGCAGUUGUGGAGAGAGUGCAGAGCUUGGCGAAGGUGCUAGAGAUUGAUGACCGGCAUGCUCAGGAACUGGCCACCCAAGAGCCCAGGUUCUUGGAUGUUGAGGGAGUGUCAGAGGUGCUUGAGGAGAUGGAGCGCCUGAUGCCCAAGGCCAACCCAAAGACAGUCCUGCUGAGGGACCCUUCAUGGCUGAUGAGAGUGGAGCGCGGCGUGAAGAAUCUCGGUCAGGGCUGAGUUGCGGUGUACACAGAGAUCUACAAGGAUCAGCACAUUUGUGGGUCAAAAAUCGAAAUGUUGUGUUGGACUCACUGUACCAUCACUGAUAUUUUUAUAGCGCCAGGGCUGAACUCUGGCCAGCGCUUUGUAUAUGUAUAGCAGCAUAAGGCCUUGAUCAAUCAUGUAUGGCACUGGGCAGGUACAAUCAGGGCAGGAAAUUCUAUCAUCGCUUUCCAUUCAAUAUAUCACUUGCCAUAAAAUCGAAUGAUUAGAUAGUUGCAAACGUUUUUGGUGCAGCAUUUCUCUUACAAUCUUGCCGGCGCAAGUGCCAAAGGCACGUCCCUUGGGUCCACAUUGUGAUAACUCAGAAGUGUGGUGUAUCAAGAUGUAACAAUCAGUAACCUU